AUGUCUUCAUUCCAGGCCCUUCGGACCCAGUAUGCCUCAUUACUGAAGCGAUUCUUGGCCUCAAACAAAGAGUUUGAUGUCCUCACAACCAUCCCACCGGACCACCCCGCAGAAUCAGAGACGCUCUAUGUUUUAGACUCGUCGUUCAAUCCCCCCACCCGCGCACACCUCCGCAUCGCCAGCACCGCACUCCUAGAAAAGCCCCAGCCCCGACCCCGUCUGCUUCUGCUUCUUGCCACCCAGAAUGCAGACAAGCCAUCCAAGCCAGCCUCAUUCGAGGACCGUCUCGUGAUGAUGGAGCUGUUCGCCCGCGAUCUCCGCUCCCAUCUCGCAUCACAGCCAGCCUUCGCCUCCUCGGAGUUCAUUCCCGCUGCCGAGUCUCUCCCAUUGAUUGAUAUUGGUGUCACUAAAAAGCCUUACUUCGUUGACAAGGCAGCUGCCAUUGAGGCGUCGGAUUCGUACCCUGUUCAGCUGGAGCAGGUUCAUCUUGUCGGAUACGACACUCUGAUCCGGAUUUUUAAUUCCAAGUAUUAUCCCCCAGAUCAUACCUUGAAGCCUCUGGAGCCUUUAUUCUCGAAGCACCGGUUGCGUGUGACUAUGCGUCCGAGUGAUGAGUGGGGUGGGAGGGAAGAACAGCUAGAAUUUGUGGCAGCUCUUGCUAGAGGCGACCGGGAUGCCGAGCGCGCGGAUAGGGCGUGGGCACAACGAAUUCAGCUUGUCGAGGGUCGCGCCCCUACUGACCAGCCGGUGAGUUCGACAAGAGCUCGUGAGGCGCUGCAAUCAGCUCCCCAAGACCUUAACUGGUUAGUUCCAGAUCAAGUACGGCAGUUUGUGCUGUCAGAACAUCCAUAUUCUGGAGACUCUAAAGUGUAG